CGCCCGACCAUGGCCAACGUCAUUGAGCACGUUCAGCGCUUCCAGCAAGGCGCAGAAGCACUUGACUUACGCGAUACUGCCUCCCUAUCGUCCUUUUCGUCCACACUGGACGCCAUCUCGGCGCCGCUGGCCAGCGACGUUGAGCUCAGAGUCUCCUUCGGCUCAGACCCAUCGAUCUAUCUCACCCUUCGCAAGCUUUGGCGCGACCUCUCCCAUGCGCAACUCACUUUCUGGGCGGACGAAGGCGACGAUGAUGAAGACGGGGAGGCAUCCUCCGAAGACAGCGAGCAGCAGCGUGCGAUGAAGAGCGCAUGCCUCAGCCUCGCACGCUUCACGCGUAAUCUCGUGGCUGCCGUACCCGAGAAUCAGAACCGGGCAUAUGAAAAUGAGCCGGAGAUACGAAGACUGCUACACUACUAUACAUCUUGGUCUAUGGCGGAGGAUGCGCAUGCUGUCGCCACCGCUCGCAUGCUCACGCAGACGCUAUCUAACCUCGUCACUGGGAAUGACGCCCUCUUAUCCUCACUAUGGCAGACGUACCUUGCUCUUCCAGAGGACCAGGUCAUCUUGUUACGACUUCUUGCACAUCCCGACUCUCGCAUCGUCCUUUCCACUCUCAUUUUCAUGUUGAAUAUCAUCAAGGACAAUGAAACUCGUAUAACUGCCCUCUGCUCCAACCCCAUCGGUAUCCGCCUUACCGUCAUCCUUCUCGAUACCAUGACCAAAUCGUACGACGCCGACGAAGACACUGACGCCGGCCGCACCUUCAACUACGGCUAUUUCAUCUUCGCGCAAAUCAUCGAGCACGGACUGGUACCGCAACUCUACGCCCGUUUGGCGAUGGAAGGCGAGGUCGUAACGCCGCACCAGACGACGCUGCUCAAGCUCACCGACUCCUACCUUCAAUCACCCUCUCGGGAGCGGCGCGAUGCCAUCCACGAGGGCUUGAUGCCUGUGCUGAGCGAGGUAUUCUUCGCGCUGUCGCAGUCUGCCCGCGCGUCGAUCUCGAGAUCGGUGGCUGGCGACGCCAGCGCGCCGCCUGCUGAGCUGGACGUGAUGCUUCCGAAGGUGUGCGAGGCGCUGGUGCUGUUGACGCAGUGCAUCGUGUCUGUCGCGCUGGUGGCGGAAGGGCCGGCGAGCGACGCGCUCGGCAGGAGAAAAUACUUUGCAGAGGCGCGCACGGCCGAGAUUGGGAUGGUGGAGAGCAUUGUUGAUCUGCUUCGCCUUCUUGAUGCCUUCCUCCCGCGAAUCAAUUUCGGCAAACCCGUUGGGCAGACUGCAACGAACGGCGCGCCGCCACCAGACAGCCCUGGCUUCUUCUACCUCAAGCGCGACCUUGUGCGUCUACUGGGCGUCUUGGUGCAUCGAAGUCGAGCAGUGCAGGACCGGGUGCGCGAGUGUGGGGGGAUCCAAACUGUGAUGAACUUGUGUGUCGUGGACGAGAGAAAUCCAUACUUGCGAGAGCAUGCAAUAUUUACGCUGCACAACCUGCUCGAAGGGAACGCAGCGAACCAAGCUCUCGUUGACGAAAUACAACCAGUGCGGGAAGCGGAUGAGAACGGCGUUCUCAAGCCCGUGCAAGUACCACUAACCUGAUGUAGCAUAUCUAUUCCAUACAUCACCUUGCUUGCAAGGUAUCUACAGCAUGCUUUUUGACCCCACCACGAGUUUUUGUGCGGCAUAAGUGUGGGGAUCCUGGUCAGAGACACUACCCGGGUACUCUCGAGUCACGCUCGUACGUACGAUAUUUUCUUUCGCUCGUAUUUCACGUACAUUGUAG